GGGGGAGCCCGGAGGAUGCCGAGCCGGGAGCUGGGCGGCCGCAGCCAGGGCCCGCUGUGGGCCCGCGGGCCCGGCCCGGCGGCGGGCGGCGGCGGCGGAGUUAUAGUAAAUAUAACUCAUAGUGCCCCAGGAGCUCCUUCAAAGACGAUACGGUUUCUGAAUGUGGCGUUUGACAGUUCUGGAGAUUCCCUCCUUGCUGGAGACCACCAAGGCAAUAUAUAUGUUUUCGACCUGAAGGGAAACAGGUUCAACCUUGUUCAGCGAACAAUGCAGGCGUGCACUGCUUUGGCAUUUAAUCUUCGCAGAAAGACAGAAUUCCUGGUGGCUUUGGCAGACUAUUCUGUUAAAUGCUUUGAUACGGAAAGCAAGGAGCUAGUUAGCUGGAUGAGAGGACAUGAUUCUUCAGUGUCUUCCAUCUCGGUCAGUGGCUCAGGCAGGUAUGCCAUCACUACCUCCACUGAUACAGCGCAGCUCUGGGACUUGGACACCUUUCAAAGGAAAAGAAAGCUGAACGUUCGUCAUUCUGUGGGUAUACAGAAGGUUUUUUUUCUUCCAUUGAGUAACACCAUCCUCAGCUGUUUCAGAGAUAAUUCUGUUUUUGCAUGGGAAUUUGAUACUCUGCACUGUAAAUACCAGUUGCCAACUGCAGUAGAAUGUUCUACAUUACUUUACAAGAGCUUUGCAGUUACCAGAGAUGGCCGGAUUUUUGUAGCUGGUGGAAAAUCAAAUCAUCUUCACUUAUGGUGUUUAGAAUCAAAGCAGCUGAUAAAAAUAAUCCAGAUGCCUACAAAAGUACGAGCUGUUCGCCAUCUGGAAUUCCUCCCGGACAGUUUUGAUGGGGGCUCCAAUCAGGUCCUUGGAGUAUUAAGUCAAGAUAAUAUUAUGAGAUUUAUCAAUAUAGAAACAUGCAAACUGCUUUUUGCCAUUGGGAGUCAUGAAGAGGGAAUUAGCACAGCAGCGAUUAGCCCCAAUGGACGGUAUAUUGCAUCAGUAAUGGAAAAUGGUAGUGUCAAUUUAUACAGUGUCCAAGCUUUGACUCAGGAAGCAAAUAAGCCUCCACCACCCCAGUUCAAAGUAGUGGAGGAUUGGCCCAAGUGCAAGUCAGAGGCAAAUAAGCUGACGAUGAAAGUGACUUCAGGAAGGUCAGAGCGGCCUUGGAAAUCCAAAGGAAACAAAAUUCAAACCAGACUGCUGAAAGUGCAAGCAAACACAUCACUUGAAAAUAAAGAGAAUGAAUUGCCAGGUGGAUUAAAUAAGAAACGUCUACAGGCUUUGUUGAAAGGAUACGGCGAAUAUCCAGCAAAAUACAGGAUGUUUGUUUGGCGUUCCUUAUUACAACUUCCUGAAAACCACUUAGCAUUCAGUAGCCUAAUAGAUAAGGGUACCCACAGUGCGUUUGUGAAUAUUCAGAAUGAGUAUCCGAUCAAAAGCAGGAAACUGCUGAGAGUUUUACAGAGGACCUUAUCAGCUCUAGCUCACUGGUCUGCUAUCUUUGUUAAUUUUUGUCAGCACUGGUUUGAGUAUUUUCCCAAUCCUCCAGUUAAUGUCCUUAGUAUGAUGGAAAAUAUUUUAGCACAUCAUGACAAAGAACUACUUCAGCAUUUUAUAAAAUACAACGUGACCUCGCAGGUUUAUGCCUGGCCUCUUCUAGAAACCCUGUUCUCUGAGGUUCUAACAAGAGAAGAAUGGCUCAAAGUCUUUGAUAAUAUCUUCUCUAACCAUCCUUCAUACUUCCUAAUGAUUGUUGUUGCCUAUAUUGUAUGUUCCAGAGCUCCAUUGCUUCACUGUAAUCAAAGACAGGAUUUUGAGUAUUUCUUUCAUCAUCGUAACAACCUGGACAUUAACGUUGUGAUUAAAGAAGCUUAUCAUUUUAUGGAGGCUACACCACCAGAUAUCCAUCCACAACGUGUGCUUGAUGACUUCGUACCACUUACAAAAGGACAGUACCCUGUAUUUAAUAAAUAUCCCAAGUUCAUUGUGGAUUAUCAAACUCAGGAAUGGGAGAGGAUCAGACAGGAUGAAAUUGAAUACUUAAGAGAGAGACAGUUAAUGCAUGAGUUAGAAGCUAAAGCACAGGAACGGAAGGCAGAAGAUGAAGCUUGGUAUCGAAAGCAGGAAUUGCUUCAAGAAGCUGAAGAACAAAGGCGAAAAAUGCUUCUGGAAGAAGAAAAGAAGCUGGCAGAACAGAGGCAAAGACUAGCUGCUGUGAAAAGAGAACUGAAAGUAAAGGAACUACAAUUUCUAGAUGCUUCAAGAAGGCGUUUUCUGAAAUACCAGCAAGAUCAGCGCCAAAUGGAACUGAAACGUCUUGAUGAUGAAAUUGCUAGAAAAGCAUCCAUAAGAGAACAAGAAACAGCUGCUACUGUUCAAGAUGUAGAAGUACGACAGAUGGAACUUGAAUCGCAAAGACAGCUUUUUGAACAGCAUCUUAUCAAAGAUCAAGAGAGCUCCACACGGGAAAUGAAAGAAGAGAGAGAUGCCAGUCGAAGAAAGGCAGAUCUCGAAGAUCACGUUGUUCAACGAUUGAUGGAAACAGAUCGAGAAGAAAAACAGAAAGCUCAGAUGGUAGCUGAAGAAAAUUUAGCCAAAGCACAGCAGAAAUGCAUUGAGGUCGACUGGAGGUUGCAGGCACUGCACAAACUAAGGCACGACGAUCAGGACCGUGAGAAGCGUUAUGAAGAGAUAGCCAAGCUCCUUCACGACAACAGGGUAAAAGAAGCCGAACUGCUGAAGGCCAUGAGAGAGGCAGAAGAAAAAAAGUGGGAAGAAGUUAUACGGAAAAAAGCACAACUGGAGGAAGAGCAGAAGGCUGCUGCUGCUGCACAUGAACACAGGAAGCAGUUUUUAGAAGACAAAAUGAACGAUGCGUUAGAUUUGGCUGAAAAGCUGCAAAGAGAGGAUGGCUUUUUCGAGAGGCUGCAUGAUUUAAAGGCUGGACAUACAGGGAGAGGGGUAGAAUUCCAGCAGGUGCCAAAGUCUGGAAAUGUGUGUUUGAAUGAUUUGUCUGCAUCAGAGUCAUCAUCAUACAUGUCUUCAGUUAGAAGACAAGAACUGGCAUGCCAAGAGCGGGAACUGAUGGCAGAAGUCAGACAGCUCAGACAAAAGCUUACUGCACAGGCUCGAAUUAGACACCCUCCAACUCAUCUCUCAUCUACAAAGUGGACAACUUGAGAUGAUGUGCUCUGGACCUCAGCUGUACUUUCAGAUUAUCAAUCAGUGAAACCCUAACUAUGUGUAAUGUGAUUAAAGACUGAUCAUAGAUUGUUUAUUUUAAAGGCCUUUGGAAAUAUUUUUAUAUAAAAAUAAAAUUCUAGCUAGAAAAAUGUGCAGUGUUUGUAACCUCGUUAUUUUCUCAGUAAUUAUAAUACUAUUUUUACUUGUAAAAUAAACUCGCUUUUUACCAUUGUUAUUAC